GUCCUGUUUGUGUCCAACUUGACGGUGUGAGUAAGCGCGAGCUGCGGACCGACUGGCUGACCUGUCGGCGGAUCUAAAGCGAGACAUCGUGGACGUUAAAUCGACCUCAACACGGUUAAUAGCACGAUUAUCUACCGUUAGCUCGGUUUAGCCUCCCCGGGGCUACGCAAGGAGGAACCCUGGAAGCACCCGCAGAACCGCGGAUAUCUACGCGGCAUGGAUGCUUCGUGACCCGCGGCAGGUGUGAAGAGAUACCGGGCGAGCCGCCGGCGGGGACCGGGCGGGUGGUGCUGGUCAAGAAGAUCAUCAUGAAGGAAGGAGCUGCGCUCCAGCAGGGCAUCGGCAGGCCCAGUGUGUAUCACGCCGUGGUGGUGAUCUUCCUGGAGUUCUUCGCCUGGGGAUUGCUCACCACGCCCAUGCUCACUGUUUUACAUGAAACGUUUCCCCAGCACACGUUCCUGAUGAACGGCCUCAUUCAGGGCGUGAAGGGUCUUCUGUCGUUCAUGUCUGCUCCUCUGAUUGGAGCGUUGUCGGACGUGUGGGGCCGGCGGACCUUCCUCUUGGUCACCGUCUUCUUCACCUGUGCUCCGAUCCCCCUGAUGAGGCUCAGCCCCUGGUGGUACUUCGCCAUGAUCUCCAUGUCCGGAGCUUUCUCUGUCACCUUCUCCGUCAUCUUUGCCUACGUUGCUGACGUGACGGAUGAAAGAGAGAGGAGCACAGCCUACGGUCUGGUGUCAGCUACUUUCGCGGCCAGCCUGGUAACGAGUCCAGCCAUCGGGGCGUACCUGUCGGCCUGGUACGGGGACAACCUGGUGGUCCUGGUGGCCACGCUGGUCGCCCUGGCCGACAUCUGCUUCAUCCUGCUGGCCGUGCCCGAGUCUCUGCCAGACAAGAUGAGGCUCAACACCUGGGGGGCGCCCAUAUCCUGGGAGCAGGCUGAUCCCUUCACUUCUCUGAGGAAGGUGGGUCAGGACCCGACAGUCCUACUGAUCUGCAUCACUGUGUUCCUGUCUUACCUGCCAGAAGCCGGACAGUACUCCAGCUUCUUCCUCUACCUGAGACAGGUCAUAAAUUUCUCCUCCACCACCAUCGCUGUGUUUAUUGGAGUGGUGGGCAUUCUGUCCAUCAUCGCACAGACUCUCCUCCUCACGCUGCUGAUGAGGACUCUGGGUAAUAAGAACACGGUUCUGUUGGGUUUGGGCUUCCAGAUCCUUCAGCUGGCCUGGUACGGCUUGGGAUCAGAGCCAUGGAUGAUUUGGGCAGCUGGUGCUGUAGCAGCGAUGUCCUCCAUCACCUUCCCAGCUGUCUCUGCUCUUGUGUCACAGUCUGCUGAUCCUGAUAAACAAGGUGUGGUCCAAGGGAUGAUCACAGGGAUCAGAGGCCUGUGUAACGGUCUGGGUCCGGCUUUGUACGGGUUCAUCUUCUUCCUCUUCAAUGUGGAGCUCAACACCCUGGACCCCAUCCAGGGAGACUUCAACGUCGACCCCCUUCCUGUGCAAAGUCCCACUGAGCGAGGCCUCAUCCCCGGCCCGCCCUUCCUGUUGGGGGCGUGCAGUGUGGUCUUCGCCUUCAUGGUCGCCCUCUUCAUCCCAGAGAAACCCUCCCGCUCCUCCUUUGCCUCCCAGCUGUCCCUCGGCGACAAGCCCCAGCUGGACAGCAAGGAGUCCAUGUCCUCGCUGGCCGGCGUUCACAUAAACACGCCCCUCCCGGGCAGCGACGAGGAGGCCCCGCCCACCGCCAGCAACGAGGACUUCGAGCCGCUGCUGCAGGACAGCGUCGUUUGAUGGAGGCGGGGCUUCCAUCGAUGCUCGACCGAUCGCCAUUCCGUGCUGAAACCAGUGACACAUUUUCUUUGCUGGAGGCCAGAACUAAGUGUACUGUUUUGUUUUUGUCAGAAGAUGGGCGAUUGGCAGCAAGAAAGCUUCCAGCAGCUGUUGUUUUCGUAGCCAGGAGGAGGAGCUACCUCAGCCACCAGGAGCAGAGGAUAUAACAUCUCGUGAGCGACAAUGAGGAUGUUUUCUUUCACUAGGAGGCGGGAGCAAAGAGCUGCUGAUAAGAUGUCGUCCUACAGUUUUGAAAGAAGAUUUGACUGCCAGAAAGCCGAUUGGGGGGGUCCGCCAGGGGCAGCACAGUUUAAAGAGAAGCCAUUGUUUGAUUGAAAAGAGGAGGGGCCAACUCCGGGUGUGGCCAGGUUUGGGAUCCAGCCACAUACGAUGGGAAAGAUGAAUAUUCUUUAGGUUUUUAACGUAAGGGUUGUCGUUCAUCUUUAAGCUUGAAGUCGUUGAUUGUUUAUUACCUUCAGUUGUAUCAUUUUGAAGCCGUAUUUAAAUGCUGUGGUUUAUUUCUUAUCGGUUAUUGUACAAAAUGAAACAUGUCUGCAACGUAUUUACAGCAGCCCAAAACAUCAGUGUUGAUUUAUACUCAGUUUCUUUUGUUAUUUCUUUUGGGCGAGGUCAAGGGAUUUUAAUUAUUUUUAAGUAUCUUUACCUGCUAAGAGCUAUCGAUCGCUCGAAACCCAACGCGUCAGAGUAUCAAUGUUCAUGUCCACGUUUCCUCUUUCAGUUGAAUCUCUUUCACUAACAGCACAUCUCCCCGGGAAGAUUGUCCUCGUCCCUAAACCGGUCCUCUUCCCCGAUUUGGUCACUCUACCUCAGAUCAGCGUGUUUAUUUUAUUCCGUUUUUUAAACCUCACUCAACCUGCAUUUCCUUAUUUUACUUUUGAUAUCACAGUCACUUUAUGAAUGCUGCUGGCUGUGGGAAAAACCUCACAGCUGCAACUUUAGCUUCAGCUGUCUGAACGUCAGCCACGUGAUUUACUGUCACGGUGCCGCUCUUCUUUUUAUUUCUAAUUACUGGAAUUAACAUUAAAUCUAAUCGCGUCAAAUACCAACGUUUUGUCACAGCCCUCGGCUCCAUUCCUUCUGUAUGAGAGCAUGUGAACCCAUCCCAGCUGUAUCAGAGGAUCAGGGCAACCGCUCCGGAAGUCGUACGGAGGACGUAAACUUGGGCUUUCGGAAACGCCAAUUUUUUUUCCUGGAAAGAAAAAAAGAAAGCGGUGAAUCAAGAAAUGAAUUAAACCAUGUAAAUAAAUGUCAGCUGCAGCCCCCGUAAAGACGUUAACCCGCGCACUACCAACCCUAGUUCAAGCCGCUUCCUAACCCUAACCAAGGAGUUGUGUUGCCUCCACCUCAGAGUGGUCCGGACCAACUGUCAGUAUGUAACGACAAAGUGUCUCCUAGCUCGGCCUCCUUUGUUUAAACGUCAGCGCAUGUAGUUUGACCUGUGCCCUAUGCAGCGUUGGGACACCAGUGAGCUUUGCACGGCGCCCUGCUGCCCCCUCGUGCCUCUCCAGAAUGUAGGGUUAGAGAUGCCGCUGGCAGCAGGACGCCGUGAGGUAGCUCCAAAACGAGCCCGGACCCCGUUCACUUCCAGACCAGCUGGUCGUCUGUGUGCCGAGGACGCCGCGAGGCAAUUUGUUGCACACGCAAGGUUUUUCCCCCCCGACAGCAGAUAUUCCUGUGAAUGAACUUAUACUUGAAGCAUCAGGCGGAGAGGAUUCAGGGAGAAAUGCCGAAGAGUUUAGCAGAAUAUAACCCGACACAGAGCGCACACAUAGGUAUUUACUUGUAUUAGCUUGAAAUGUAAAUGCACACGCGAAUGAUAUUGUAUGGUGUGUAUGUAGGUGGGCUGUUGGAUCGGCUUGGUUGUUGUGGUUGAUCUGAGGGUCAGUCCUGCGGAGCUCAGUGGCACUAAGACGGUAGCGGUUGGGGGUUCAAUUCCCCGGGACAACCCAUUAAGUUCCUUAAUUCUGUUUACAUGCACACUAGUAUAUGAGUCUUAUGUGAUCUGUGGUCUUGUUUAAAACAUGAUGAUGAAGAAACAAAGAGAAACUCGUUAUAGUUUUUAUUUUUUGAAAAUGUAACCUUAAUUGCAUCUGCCUUUUAAUUAUUUCUCCAAUCUGAUCUGAUUACCUCUUUAAUAAAUUGAAGAUUUACAUUGACAAAGACAAAGGUUACACUAAUGCUCUUUCAACAGUUUGCUUUUGUAAACCAGGUUGAGUUUUCUACCGGUUUCUCCAGCCAGGAUGCAAUGUUGUGUACAAGUAGGAUGUUAGUGCGCAUGUGAACACGUGAGUUAUUCCAGCAGCAGUGAGACUGACUCAACAGUGUAAAUAUUGUAUAUGGAUUAAAUGUUUGUAAAUGUGAAGACAUGAACUGUACAUGGGAUUCACUGUAAAUACACUUUGUCCUCUGUCUUGUCUGGAAGUGUCCCAGCCAGGUGUUGGUUGUUGGAAAUUAAAAAGAGAACAACACUUGA